UGUGGCGCGCGCGCUAUGCCUGAUGAUCUCGGGAGACAGACGGAGCUGAGCUGAGCGCUGAACUUGAGACUGUGUCUCAGUCACGCCUCAAGUCCCUCUCACUUUCCUCCAUAUUAUUAUCGAGCUCUAAGCAGUUUAUUUUGAUUUUACGCCUUCGGUUUAUACUGAAAAUUACAAAAGUAUCCCGAAUCUCUCUCCGAGUUGCGUGAGAGACUGCGCAAUAGAGGAACGUUGAACUGAAUUCAACAUGUCAAUUUUACCCUUUACUCCGCCGAUCGUGAAGAGGUUGCUGGGCUGGAAGAAGGGAGAGCAGAACGGACAGGAGGAGAAAUGGUGCGAAAAAGCCGUCAAGAGUCUGGUGAAGAAGCUGAAGAAAACGGGACAGCUGGACGAGCUGGAGAAAGCCAUCACAACUCAGAAUGUCAACACCAAGUGUAUCACCAUACCACGAUCACUAGAUGGUCGGUUGCAAGUAUCUCAUAGGAAAGGACUCCCUCAUGUGAUCUACUGUCGUCUGUGGCGCUGGCCCGACCUGCAGUCUCAUCAUGAGCUCAGAGCCAUUGAACUCUGUGAGUUUGCCUUUCACAUGAAGAAGGACGAGGUCUGCGUCAAUCCCUACCAUUACCAGCGCGUUGAGACACCAGUUCUUCCUCCAGUGCUGGUGCCUCGUCACACUGAAAUCCCCAGUGAGUUUCCUCCUCUAGAUGACUACAGUCACUCCAUCCCAGAAAACACAAUUUUUCCUGCCGGCAUCGAACCCCAGAGCAACUACAUACCAGAGACGCCCCCUCCAGGCUACAUCAGUGAGGAUGGAGAGACCAGUGAUCAUCAGAUGAACCGCAGUAUGGACACAGGGUCUCCAAACCUAUCACCGAACCCUGUGUCUCCUGCCCACAACAACUUAGAUCUACAGCCAGUGACAUACUGUGAACCAGCGUUCUGGUGCUCUAUCUCCUACUAUGAGCUGAACCAGAGAGUUGGUGAAACUUUCCAUGCCUCCCAGCCCUCUUUAACAGUAGACGGCUUCACAGACCCAUCUAACUCUGAGCGUUUCUGCCUGGGCCUGCUGUCCAAUGUGAACCGCAAUGCUGCUGUGGAGCUCACGCGCAGGCACAUUGGUCGGGGUGUGCGUUUGUACUACAUUGGUGGUGAGGUGUUUGCAGAGUGUCUAAGUGACAGCGCCAUCUUUGUUCAGAGUCCCAACUGUAACCAACGUUACGGCUGGCACCCCGCCACUGUUUGCAAGAUCCCACCCGGCUGUAAUCUGAAGAUCUUUAAUAACCAGGAGUUUGCAGCUCUGUUGGCCCAGUCUGUCAAUCAGGGCUUUGAGGCUGUGUACCAGCUCACCCGCAUGUGCACCAUUCGCAUGAGCUUCGUGAAGGGCUGGGGAGCCGAGUACAGGCGGCAGACAGUGACUAGCACCCCCUGCUGGAUAGAACUGCACCUGAACGGUCCUCUGCAGUGGCUGGACAAAGUGCUCACUCAGAUGGGCUCCCCCUCCAUCCGCUGCUCGAGUGUAUCAUAGGAAAAACGCUCCCUGCAAAAAAACAAAACAAAAAACAACAUGUACAAACCACGAGAUCUGGAAAAAAGUUCCUUCAGGAGUCGAAGGCUGAAGACCUUCAUGGCCAACUUAUUGGGUUCCACAGACUUGGUAGCACUUUCACACGUGUUUCUCUCAUGUUGGAGGAGUGUAUUACAGUAUGUGUAUAUACUCGUUUUUAUGUUAUUGUUAGCCAUUUUUAUUGCCAUCAUUAAUAUAAAAUAUUGCCAUUUAUGAUACAUUUUGUUAUAUACUGUAGCAUGUUUAUGUAAGAUGUCUCCUCUGUUGUGUCUGUUAUGAUGCUGUUAUAUUACCAUAACAGGCUUGAAUUUGAAAGUGCUUUUUUUGUAAAGUGAAGAUAUUAAGUUUUUCAAAUAUCAGUUAAACUGUAUUUUUGAUCUUUUUUUGGUUUGAUCAAAAAAUGGAAACUUGGCCAAUCUCAUAAUGUUAUGUAGUACAUAUCAAGAGGUAUUGACCUUCCUCAUGAGAAAGAAACAGGAUAUCUUCGACUUUCCAUGUCUAACACUUUUUAAAAGUGUGUUCAGAUAUUGAAAACUCAAAUUAAUAUUGUUAAAACAUUAAUUUUUCCAUAUCCUGUUUUGUCCUAGCCAGUGAAAUGAGCUGUACAGCACUUUAUAGAAACAUACAAUAGCUAUUCAUCUUUUUAAAAUUCACUAAACAGAAUGCUAUAUAACAAACUUUAUGUGCGCACAUAACAGUUUAUGUAACACUUGUGAAAGUGUUAUCUAUGCUUCACAAUAUCUCUGUUAUGUUUGUUGAAGUGUUACAAGCUUUGUCAUUGUACAGGUACUGAGAGUUUUUCAUCUCUACUCACCACGGACCCAUGCUAAGCAUGUAUGUUUGUGUGUGAAUGGUUUGUAGUAUCUGGUCUGGUGUUGAGUUCAACUCUGCAGUGAACCGGCCGUCUGUUCUGUGUGUGAUGGGAGUGAAUGAAUGAAUGUGAAUUAUUAUAUUGAGUUUUAUAGGAUUCGUCACUUAUAACUCCAUGUGUUGUGCCGCAUUUCAUUUGUUAUUCUUCAGUGAGUGGGUGAGGAGCUGUUCAAGGUCUGGUGAGGACUCUCAGUUGUCUGCUUCGGAAAAUACAUUUCCUCUUCUUGUUGUUUUUGAAAACUGGGCAUUACAUCAUUUUGCACACUAAGUAGUUCAUGCUUCAUAUCUCACAGUGUUGGUUGUGUCUGUAUACAUCUGUGGAUAUGAACACUUGUUCACCUGUGAGUCCUUGUGUCCUCACAUCUUCUAGAAAUGAAACUGAGUGCGUGUGCCUUCGCAUCAACUUUCACAACAGAGUUUGUAAAUAGUAUAUUGGAGACUUCUUCACACAGGUGUUCAUCCAUAUUGAGUAAGUGGGUUGUCCAGUGUUGGACCACUCAGGGUUGUGAUCUUUUCACAGCUGAACUUGUAAAUAUGUCUGAUAAAUUGAUUAUGCAUGCCUAUUUUCUGAAAUUCAUGCCAUUUGUACUGUAGACUCUAUUUUGCUACCAAAUAUUUUUUCAGAAGUGGGACGGGAAUGUAUAUGCUCUUAUCUCUGUGUUUGUAACCGUCGAAGAAGGGGGGUGGGGGGCUGUACUGCUGGCAGGUUUUUGUAAGGUUAACCCUGUAUUUUUAUAUACGUCAGAUACUCAUAGGAUAUGGAGAGGGGCUUGAGGAAGGGAAAUGUCACAGUGGGCUUUGUGAAAGCCAGAUCAUGUUCAGUACUUUCAGUUAGCAGCAGGUCAGUGUGAUGCGCUUGCAAUGAGGAGCUCUUUGCAUGCCUUUUGCAUGCCUCUGGUGUCUCAAAGUGUUAUAAAGGAAUCAUGGAGGAUGGUUGCGUUUAGGGGCAUCAGGUACUUCACGGAUAGGCGAAAAGAUGUGUAACAUCUGUGUGCUUAAAUGUUCAUUAGGACUGUUGUGUGAUUUAGACACUCUAAGACUUUACUUUGAUGAAGUCAGCGUGUUAUUCUAUGACUAGGGUUCCUUGAAAACCUCUUGAUGACAUCCGGCAAAGACAAAAUAGAAGGUACUGAUAUUAUUCAGGAAAUGAUUUAUUGUCCAUCUAAGCAAACAUUAACUGUUUUCUUUGAGAGGAAGAAAAUCAAAUCUCAUUUUCUCAACAAAUUGUUGAAUAUAUUUUAAGUAAUGUGCAUUUAUUGUGCUUGUGUUAAACUUUCACAUUCAGUGACGUUGUGGCUUAGUGGUGAUUGUUGUGCUUGACAUGUUAGAUUUUUUCUCUGUAUAAGUAUAUAAUCUUUAUUAUUUCUCUCCAUCUUUAAAGAUUGUCAAGAGAAAAAAAAAUGUUUGUUAUUGUUGUACUUUUAAUAAAUAUGUAAAUGGGGGAAAAAAA